AUGACUGGAAGAGGAAAACCCCCUCGGAGAAUGACCACGAGGAAGAGAAGGACUCGAGAUGUUGACUCGAUCACCUCUCCUUUGAAGUCUCGCACCCACCCAACCCUUUCCAUCCAUUCUGUCAGGCCAAGGAAGAUACCGUCCAUCAUCACCAUAUCUUCCAGCCGUCAUGAGGUGAAAGGAAAAGGUAUCGACCAUGAUGAACACCCACUGCUUAGGCCUGAGGUCUGUACAGGGAAGGAAAGCCCCAAUGAAAAGGAUGUUCUAAAUACAGUGACUGGAUUGAAGGAAGAUGUCAACAAGCUUAUGCAUGCUGUUGGGUUCUUAGCAAAUGCUUGGUGCAGCCAAAACACCAUAAGUUCUCAUACAGCCACACCAGAGAAACCAAUUUCAGUAGGAACUGAAUAUGUUAUCACCCCAAAGUACUCUCUCCGAACUGCAGCUACUGAAGAAAUCCUUCACAAAUUCUUGAAGACCAACCCAACAAAUGAGAAAGCUAAACCCACAGAUGUAAGUGGACUGGUGAAGAAGCUGUUCUCUCCAUCUGAGUUUCAAACCAUACACCCUGUUCCACUGGGCACCAAGACAGCUACCCCUUCCUUUAAGCCAAAUGACAUGGAUCCCACCAAGACAGCAACUCCUUCAUCAAAACCAAAUGACAACACUCCUUUGUGCACUCCAGUCCCUCCAAUUGAUCCAUUAUAUAUUCCCUCUUGGCUGCUUAGCUUGUUUGGACCUGCUGUGACAGAGUCCCUAAGCUACAUGGAGGCUGCUGUGGCUUGCUAUAUCUUUAAGAGGUGUACUGCUGGAAGUGCAGACAGCAAGGAGACAAUCAUCAAACCAAUCCUGAAUAAUGUUGAUGGUACUCGCCGCAUUAUGCAAUUCCUGAAGCCCAAAAAGAGUGUUGACCAAGAAAUCAUAAACUUGACUGCCUGCAUGUUGACAUACACUGAAAGAGCCUUCAACAAGAAUCAAACCACUUGGUUCUUGCCUACUUACUUCUCACAAUACAUCCUUGGUUGGACAACCCAUCCCCGAAGCAUGACUAUCCAUCAGCAAAGAAGCUUCAUGGGAAAGAUAGAAGUCUUGACAAAAGUGUUUGUGCCGAUGAAUGACAACAACGAGCACUGGUACUUGAUUGUGUUUGACUUUGAGAAUCAAGAAGUAGUCCUAUUAGACUCGUUCCCUCAAUCUGAUAGGCUACAGUAUAGGAUAACAGAUGCAAAGCUAGUUGCACUCUACAUGGAGGUCAUGCUCAGGGACAGCACAUUCUACCAGCUUGAAACAACUCCAAGGCCACGUUGCUCCCAGUUUAGGGUUGUCAUACCCCAGGGAUUACCAGCGCAGAGAGCUAAUUCAAAUGAUUGUGGCAUUUGGGUCGCAUCUUGGAUGAAGGACAGUAGAAGAUGUGGUUACAAUCUUCAGGUUUCUUACUUUUCUGAAACUUUAACAAUUGUGCUCUGAGACUUUAUGAACUGGGUACAGAACUGUGAUCAAUGUAUGUAUUUUUUGCAGGUUAACAAUGGGACUCGUUUGACACUGGCAUUGCAGCUUGCUCUCCACCCGUUCAACGAAAUGCAGGAUGUGUUGAUAAGGAAGUCCUUUGACAAUUAUGGGACCCUGGUGAAGUCCAUGUUCACUAGGAAGAAUUGAACCUGCCUUUGCAAAGCUUAGCAUGUUUUGAGGAUGGGGAGAAAGCUGCGGUUUAGCUUUUGUGCAUGUUGUUUGGAAUUCUGUCUAAAAUGCCCGCCCCCAUGAUUUUGUGCAUGUUUAAUUAUUAAUCUUGCUCUUGGACAACGUUGGCCUGUGUGCCAUUAUUUUCUGAUCUGAUCUUUGCUUGGAUGUUGGAAUCCUUUAACUUUAUUUUCGGACAAAUCUGAUCUUGAU